CCCGCUCAGGUAAAGGUCUAGCUAGGUAGUCAGGGAGAGCUUUGGCCGGGCCACUCUUCAGUCAGGAUCAUGAAGGGACGGGAGGCACAUCUGGCGUUAGGCCUCUUGAUUUUCUCAGUUGCCCUAGCUCACGUUAGCGCAGAUGCGUCUGAAAUUUUAAAAAGAAUCCGUCGCCAGGACGACAGCAAGAAAGAUGAAAACUUCGAGGUUGAGUUGUGCAAGGACAAGGACGCUGGCGAAUGGUUCCGACUGACUGCCGGCGAGGGUGACAGCUGCCGUGAUGUCAUCCAGUGUACUAGCUCUGGUCUGCAAGCCAUCCGUUGUCCCGCUGGUCUGUAUUUCGAUAUUGAGAAGCAGACUUGCGAUUGGAAGGACGCGGUCAAGAACUGCAAGCUGAAGAGCAAGGAGAGGAAGGUCAAGCCUUUGCUCAACACCGACGAGCCCCUCUGCUCUGAAGGCUCUCUGGCCUGCGGUGAUGGAGCUUGCAUCGAGCGCGGCCUCUUCUGUAACGGAGAGAAGGACUGCAGCGACGGUUCUGAUGAGAACUCUUGCGACAUUGACAAUGAUCCCAACCGCGCUCCUCCCUGCGACCCUGCCGUGUGCGUUCUUCCUGACUGCUUCUGCUCUGAGGACGGAACCUCCAUUCCCGGAGACCUUCCUUCCAAGGACGUUCCUCAGAUGAUCGUCAUCACCUUUGAUGAUGCCAUCAACAACAACAACAUCGAGUUGUACAAGGAGAUGUUUGACACCGGCAAGAGGAAGAAUCCCAACGGCUGCGACAUCAAGGCCACUUACUUCGUUUCACACAAGUACUCAAACUACUCUGCCAUCCAGGAAACUCACCGCAAGGGACACGAAAUCGCCGUUCACUCCAUCACCCACAACGAUGACGAGCAGUUCUGGAGCAACGCCACCGUUGACGACUGGGCCAAGGAGAUGGCUGGUAUGCGUAUCAUCAUCGAGAAGUUCGCCAACAUGACUGACAACUCGGUCGUCGGCGUCAGGGCUCCCUACCUGCGUGUCGGAGGCAACAACCAGUUCACCAUGAUGGAGGAGCAGGCCUUCCUGUACGACAGCUCCAUCACCGCUCCCCUGCACAACCCUCCCCUCUGGCCGUACACAUUGUACUUCAGGAUGCCCCACCGUUGUCACGGCAACCUGCAGAGUUGCCCGACCAGAAGUCACGCCGUCUGGGAGAUGGUGAUGAACGAGCUGGACCGCAGGGAAGACCCCAACUUUGAUGACUACCUGCCAGGUUGCGCUAUGGUGGACUCGUGCUCCAACAUCCUGUCUGGUGACCAGUUCUACAACUUCCUCAAUCACAACUUUGACCGCCAUUACGAGCAGAACCGCGCCCCUCUGGGUCUCUACUUCCACGCCGCCUGGCUGAAGAACAACCCUGAGUAUCUUGACGCCUUCCUCUACUGGGUGGACGAGACUCUGGCCAACCACAACGACGUUUACUUCGUCACUAUGACCCAGGUCAUCCAGUGGAUGCAGAAUCCCCGCACCGUUUCCGAGGUCAAGAACUUUGAGCCCUGGCGCGAAAAGUGUACCGUCGAGGGAAAGCCCCACUGCUGGGUGCCCAACGCCUGCAAGCUGACCAGCAAAGAGCUGCCCGGACAGACCGUCAACCUGCAGACCUGCGUCAGGUGCCCCAACAACUACCCUUGGGUCAACGACCCCACUGGAGACGGUUUCUUCUAAAGAGACAACCACGAUGUGCCUAAAUAUUUAAAGAUGUGAGAAUAUAUAAAAAAAAAAAGUAUUUUCGAAUACUGAAAGGGUCGCCUGCGCAUGGCUGAUCGUUUCUGUUAAUUAUUUAAAUGAAAAAGAAAGAAUCCUCUUCUCAUGCGCGGCCGACGCAGAUCAAAAUCAUAAUUUAAAUGCGUUAGUAAUUUAAAUUCUCUGGAACUUAAAACACCGCCUGUGUAAGAAGGCUUUCGUAUAAAAUGGCAAAUUCACAAAAUUUCCAAGAAAAAGGCAAAUAUUUAAAUGAGCAACAAAAACGACUAAAUAAAAAGAGCUAAUUGUAAGCAAGGACUGUUACGACAAACAACGAGUUCCAUUACUAAUUAAUUGCUGUAUAAUUGUGAAACGAAGAAAAAGAAACAUCUUGCCAUUAAUAUUGUGUGUAUGGGUAUAAAGAAUAAUUUUAAUACAUAAUUCAAGUCAUCGACUUAUUUUGUAAACCAUCUCUUGUGAUGAAAUAAAAAUAAUUUCAUGUAUAAAA